AUGGCUAGUACUCACCGAGCUCCAAAGCAAUGGUGCCUUUCAAAGAUCGAGACUAUAACUAGCUUUGAAAACUGGAGGCAGAAUUUAAUCUACUCUUUGUCACUUGACAGCAAUUUCGCACCAUUCCUGGCCGAAGACGCUACGUGGGGAAAGAAGACUAGGGCUCAGCCUUUACGUGGGUUUACAGAUGACGGCGAAGCCGUUGCCCAGAACAGUCGUCAAACAGCCCAACAGAAAGUAAAUUUCUUGGAACUUAUGCUUGGUCAAACAGCAAAUUAUUGCCCAAUCAUAUCUAGGAACACUUUGGUCAAAAAUUCAACCUCUAUACAGUCUAUCUGGAAUACAAUACGAGAACACUUUGGUUUCCAAGUGACAGGAGCACACUUUCUUGAUUUCACAAAUCUACGCUUAGAAACAGACGAGCGUCCUGAAGACCUAUACCAGAGAUUAGUAGCCUUUGUCGAGGACUGUUUACUUCGAGCUAACAGCCUCUCCCACCAUGGGGUGCAGCUUGCUGAAGAUGAGGAGUUAUCACCAACUGUUGAAAAUCUUAUUGUUCUCACUUGGCUCAGACUUAUCAACCCUGAGUUACCAAAAUUAGUAAAACAAAGGUACGGCACAGAGUUAAGAUCACGAACACUGGCGUCUAUCAAACCAGAGAUAUCACAGGCCCUGUCCUCAUUGCUGGAGGAAAUUCAUACAGCUGAUGAUGCCAAAAUAAUGCGUACAGCAGUUAGCAGCUAUCGAAAGCCUGGUAGUGAGAGACUGCUUGCUAGACCAAAUACCAGAUCAAAUCGACCACUUAAGUCAUGUCCCCUUUGCAAACAAGCUGGCCGCACUAACAGCAGCCACUUUUUGAGUGAAUGUAACUUCCUGCCAGACCAAGAUCGCAGAUACAUGGUAAAAGCCAGACAGAUUGCAGAAAUUUUAGAAGAUAUCCCCGAAUCCGAGAGUAGCAUAAAUCGAGCUGAUCCCGCUUGUGAUCUGAGAGAUGAAGAGCCGAAGACCAGUUCCAGAGCCUACCGCAUUCAGACUCGACAAUCCCCAUAUGUGGACAUGUUCUAUGACCAUCAUCCAGUGCGUAUAACAAUAGAUAGCGGAGCAACUGGGAACAUGAUUCGCCACCGAACGGUUCAGCGCCUCGGUUGUCGUGUAGCAGAGAGUUCCCAAUCAGUCCACCAGGCAGAUGGUUCAUCCCCUCUUCAUGUUGUUGGCGAGACACGCCUUUCAUUUCACCGUGAUGGCAAAGAAUUCAUCUUUGAAGGACUGGUGAUUGAGAACCUGGACGUGGAUGUAUUGGCUGGUACACCUUUCAUGGAAACCAAUGACGUUGCAGUCCGCCCAGCAAAGCGACAAGUAAUACUUAGUAAUGGUUCAGCCUAUACAUAUGGAUCGGUGCAAUCUCAAGCAUCAACGCAGCAGCACGCCGUGCAUUGGUGCUCCGUGCCCCUCCAACAUCAACGACGGUCUGGCCUGGUGAAUUCGUUGAGAUAGAGCUACCAGGUGAUGUUCCAGCAGAUACAGAGUAUGCCUUAGAGCCUCGAAUUGAUGCCCCCAGUGUAAAGAGAUUAACAGCAUCCCAAUUGUGGCCCUGUCCCAACAUAGUGUCAAGUGUCGCAGGGAGAAUACGAAUUCCAAAUCUCUCGUCAGAACCUCGGUCGUUAAAGCGAAACGAGCAUUUUUGUCAGGUACGGCCAGUGUAUACACCUGAAUUAAACUGUGGUGAUCACAAACUAGCAGUCCACCCAGCUCCUAAGUCGUUACAAACCCAUACAUUUUCGUCGGAUGUAUGCCUUGACCCAGACAACCUCCUGCCACAAGACGUCAGAAGGAAGUUUACCUUACUUAUGGAGUCCUAUGACCAUGUUUUCGACCGAGAUAUCAAGGGCUAUAACGGAGCAGCAGGCUCAUUUGAAGCUAAGGUGAACAUGGGACCUGUGGAACCACCUCAGCGAAAGGGUCGCCUACCUCAAUAUGCCCGUGACCAGUUGCAGGAGCUUCAGGCAAAGUUUGAUGAACUUGAAAAGUUGGGUGUUUUCAAGCGUCCGGAAGAUGUCAAUGUUUCCGUGGAGUAUCUGAACCCGUCAUUUCUUGUGAAGAAGUCGAGUGGUGGCUCCCGCCUUGUAACUGCCUUCGCAGAUGUUGGUCGUUAUAGUAAACCACAGCCUUCAUUGAUGUCAAAUGUUGAUUCUACCCUUCGCCACAUAGCUCAAUGGAAACACCUAAUCGCUACAGAUCUGACAAAUGCCUUUUAUCAGAUUCCACUCGCACACGAGUCUAUGAAGUAUUGUGGUGUUGCUACUCCUUUCCGCGGUGUAAGAGUAUAUGUACGUUCUGCUAUGGGCAUGCCGGGCUCCGAAACCGCACUUGAGGAAUUGAUGUGUAGAGUGCUGGGUGAUCUGUUGGAAGAAGGAGUCGUUGCAAAAAUCGCAGAUGACCUAUAUUGCGGAGGCAAUACCCCUGAAGAGCUUUUACAAAAUUGGAAGAGAGUCUUGGUAGCCUUGCAGAAAUCUGAUCUCCGUCUGUCCGCACUAAAGACCGUGAUCAAUCCUAAGUCGACAACGAUAUUAGGAUGGAUAUGGAAUUCAGGUACACUAAGUGCAAGUCCACAUCGCAUUGCGACCCUUGCUUCGUGCCAAAAGCCAGAGACUGUGUAUCGACUAAGAUCAUUUAUAGGAGCUUUUAAAGUGCUAUCUCGCGUCAUUCCAGGGUGUUCAUCGUUGCUCUCUAAACUUGACGACGCCGUAGCCGGCCGCCAGUCCAAAGAACAAAUUCAGUGGACUGACGAGCUCCAUGCAGUAUUCUGCAGGGCACAGGCUGCUUUGUCUGCAGCUCGCACUAUAACCUUGCCAAAACCAGAAGAUCAAAUUUGGAUUGUGACUGAUGGAGCUAUUCGCAGUCCUGGAAUAGGCGCCACACUUUACGUCACCAGGAACGGCAAGCUUCGUGUCGCAGGUUUUUUUAGUGCGAAGUUACGGGGCUCACAAGUCAGAUGGCUACCAUGCGAGGUAGAAGCCUUGUCCAUUGCUGUUGCUGUCAAGCACUUCAGCCCCUACCUGAUACAAUCGCACCAUCAGGCCUGUAUCUUAACGGACAGCAAGCCCUGUGUACAGGCCUAUGAAAAGCUUUGUCGUGGUGAGUUCUCCGCAAGCCCGAGGGUUUCAACGUUUCUCUCUACCGUAAGCCGAUACCAGGCGUCUGUUAGACAUGUAUCUGGCUCUGCUAUUCUCCCCUCUGACUUUGCAAGUCGCAACGCCGCACCGUGUGAAGAUGAGGCCUGUCAAAUUUGUUCAUUUACGAAACAGACCCAAGAUUCUGUUAUCAGACGAGCGGCGGUACAGGACAUAUUAUCCGGUGUAGAGCGACUUCCGUUUACUAACCGAGCCACUUGGGGGCCCAUACAAGCUGAAUGUCCCGAAUUACGACGCACUCGCGCCCACUUACUACAAGGAACACGUCCAUCGAAGAAACUCACAAACGUUACGGAUGUAAAAAGAUACCUCCUUGUUGCUACCAUUGCCAAAGACGGCUUGCUGGUUGUUAAACGAAAUGAACCACUCGUGCCAAGCCGUGAAUGUAUUAUUAUCCCUCGGCAAGUACUAGAAGGUUUGCUGACGGCUCUACAUAUUCGUCUCAGCCAUCCGUCCAGCCAUCAGCUUAAAGUCGUUGUAAAACGUUAUUUGUUUGCCUUGGACAUGGACAAAGUUGUUAAUCGUGUAAGCGAAAGUUGUCACCAUUGCGCCGCAUUACGAAAGACCCCAACAGCACGUAUAGAACAGUCGUCCUGCUCUCCACCAAGUACUGUUGGUGUAGCAUUUGCUGCCGAUAUCGCGAAACGCUCCAAACAACUGAUCUUGGUAUUGCGAGAGUGUGUAACCUCACUCACAGCUACAACUCUUCUCGAAAACGAACGCCAUGACACGUUACGCGAUGCCCUAAUCCGUCUAUGUGUCCCAAUGAGACCAUUAGAUGGACCCAUAGCGGUCAUAAGAACUGAUCCAGCACCCGGAUUCAAAGCUCUUGCAGACGAUGAUACUCUGAAACAGCACAGGAUUUCAUUAGAAAUAGGUCAUGCGAAGAACCCCAACAAGAAUCCUGUUGCAGAAAGAGCGGUACAAGAAGUGGUCAGUGAGCUUCUCCAUCGUGAUCCAUUAGGUGGUCCAGUUUCGCAUGUUACGCUUGCGGUAGCCACAGCCAACCUCAACUCGCGUAUUCGAACGCGCGGUUUAUCAGCUAGGGAAAUGUGGUCCCAGCGCGAUCAGUUUUCAAACGAACAGAUACCUCUUCAAGAUCAGGACAUUAUCAUGAAGCAGAAUGAACAACGCACAAGCAACCAUGCCCAUAGUGAGAAAUCGAAGGCCCCAGUUGCAGAAUUUCGUACCCCCGAACGUAUCACCGUCGGUGAUUUAGUGUACCUAUACUCAGACCGCAACAAGACAAGAGCACGAGACCGCUACCUCGUAGUUGAAGUAAAGGGACCAUUUUGCAAUGUCAAGAAGUUCGUGGGCUCACAGUUGCGAAAUACGUCUUAUCAUGUAAAGAUAUCCGAGUGCUACCGAGUGCCGUCGGAGCUUAAACGCUCCCGUCAGUCUACUCCUAAUGACGAAGACUCGUCGGCUGACGAAGCUGAAUCAUCACAACCACCUAUGCUGUCUCAAGUGACCCCACCUCCACCAGCGCCACCAAGUAUUCCAACAGCGAUUUCUACGCCGCCUAGCCAAACGUCACACUGUAACGAACCUAGUGUUAAUGCCAAUGCCUACUGCGAACCGAGUAAUUUAGAAGGUGAACCCCAUACAGAAGACGAGUCAAGAGGGAAUGAAUAUGUUAAUGGCCCGGGUGAGAGUGUGCCUCUGCGUAGGUCCAGCAGACAACGACGUCCCCCAGAACGUUUCGGUGACUAUGUGAUGGACAAAUAG